UCAUUAGGGCAACACCUUUUCCCUCUAUUAACUUGAAAGAGACUGAUCAUAUAUGUUAUGAUCUCUGCUUUUGUUUUCUCAGAUCACACUGCUUUCAUCUCAAUUUGACUUUUCUGAACUCCUUUUCAGGCAAACAUCAUGUAAAGUAAAUUUGCCUCCAUUCCAAAAAGUUAUCAGCAUUUGAACAUCAAACAAACUGGAGGAUGAUGUGUUGAUUUCACACUAACUGAAGGGUAAACUCUUUUUCUAUUAAAAGAGCCGAGUGGUUGAGUUUCAACCUAGAUCUAAGGGAUAAAUGCACUAUAUUGGUCUUAAAAGGUGAAAUCUUUAGGUUUUAUUUUUCCUUUUUUAAAUCCGCAAACCAGUGUGUCUACAUAGAGUCAUGAUGUUUGUGUCGAUUCUCAUUUAUCCCAGUUCCAUUAAGAUAGUGGGGGGAAAGCAGUGAAUUUCUAUUAUAGAAGACUUUUCACCUCCUCUCUGAGAAGCGUUCCUAAUCCAGAACAAAUAUUCCCAAAAAAAGUCUGCGUCAAAUUGAGGAAAAAAUGCUCUAAACCUCAGACCGAGCUCAACAAUGGAGGCAGUUUUUCCAGAUAACCUUUUUUUCUGUCCCGGUUCUCCCCCUCGCAGCUGCUCAGUGUGGAUGUGUGCGUGUGGGCGGGGCCAAAGCACAUCUGGAUGAGAAACAUCUGGACUUCUCUGACCAAACAUCCCUACAGGUUCUGCUGACAUCGCACACCGACCGACACCGGCAUCUGGACCGACCGAGCGCGUGCGGGUCCCGGCGGACUCCCCAGGAUGACGCGGAGCGGAACCGCGGCUUUCGUCGCCGCUUGCAGUCUCCUGGUUGUUGUCGAGCCCUUCGGCAGCCUAAGAGCCAACGUGUGUAAAUGGUGUUUACCAUCCACUCCAGUUUGCAAAGACAACAUCUGCCUCAGCAACUGUAACCUGUCCUCCUACUGUUCCUUCACAGAGGAGAUCUGCAUCGCCAUAUGGAGGAAGACCAAUGAAACGAUGACAGUGCACACGAUGUGUCACCAUCCGAAUCUGCCGCUGGAAGGCAUCAACCCUCGCCUGUUAUUGAAUUUUACCUCCAGAGAGUGUCACAUGCUCCCACAGCCGGCAGAUGAGGGUGUGAUGAUGGUCUGUGGCUGUCAGGGCGAACAGGAAUGCAACGACAAACUCAUCUUUGACAAGGGAGUCAGUGGUUUCUCCAGGCUGCACAGUAAAGAUGUGAUCCCGGUGGUCAUCGUCAGCUUGGUGCCUCCUCUUCUGGUUGCCAUGGUCGCCACUGCUGUCUUCUACUCCUACAGAAUGCGCCGGCCUGACAAACCAGGGCCUGCUUCUCGAUCUGAUUGGCCCACAAAGCGCUCCCCUGAACUCUACCAAGUUUUGGAUCAUCCACGUGGAGAAGCAGGAGGUGGUGUGGUGGUUCUUGGAGUUGAACCAGUGAUCAAUAACACCAAAGGCAGAUGUCCAAAUAAAAUCACCGUCGGUAAGAGGAUAGCUGAGCUGCUCCCCAUCAAGCUGGAGGACGUGGUGGGCAGGGGGCGCUUUGCUGAGGUCUGGAGGGCUCGCCUGCUGCAGAGCGACAUGGGUGGAGUUAACAGUUACGAAACUGUGGCAGUAAAGGUGUUUCCCAAUGUGGAGUAUGCCUCAUGGAGAAAUGAGUGCUCCAUCCUAUCUGACCCUACACUUCAACACGAAAACUUGGUUCAGUUCCUGGCAGCUGAAGAAAGAAGCCUGCCAAGCGACACUCUCAGGACUUACUGGAUAGUUUUGGCCCAUUACAGCCUUGGAAAUAUGCAGGACCACCUCACAGCAAAUACUCUAAGCUGGGAGGAGCUUGUUUCCUUAGCAAGUAGCAUAGCUAACGGGUUAGCUCACUUACACAGUGAAACAAAGCUGAAUGGAGCACCAAAGGUUCCUGUUGCUCACAGAGACCUGAAGAGUAGCAACAUUUUGAUAAAGAACAGGAAGCAGUGUGUGCUGUGUGACUUUGGUCUGGCAUUAAGGCUGGACAUCUCCCUCACAGUUGAUGACUACGCCAACAGCGGACAGGUGGGAACAGCUCGUUACAUGGCUCCUGAGGUGCUGGAGUCCAGGGUGAACCUGGAGGACCUGGAAGCUUUCAAACAGAUGGAUAUCUACUCCAUGGCUCUGGUCCUUUGGGAGAUGGCCUCCCGCUGUGAUGUUAUUGAAGAGGUGAAGGCCUACCAGCCGGCUUUUGGCUCCAAGGUCUGUGAGCAGCCCUGUGUGGACAGCAUGAGGGACCUGGUGCUGAGGGACCGAGGACGACCUGACAUCCCCUCAGCAUGGACGCAGCACCAGGGGAUGAGUGUCUUCUGCUCCACCAUCACUGAGUGCUGGGAUCACGACCCGGAGGCAAGGCUGACGGCCCACUGCGUGGUGGAGCGAUUCAACGCCAUGCAGCACAGUGAGGAGGAGGCGGUGCUCGAGGACGGUGGGCUGGGGGGAGGACGACAAGAGUGAGAGAAGAAAGAAUCUAGGAAAUCAGUUCCUCUCUUCAUCUUUUUCUUCCACAACCUUCAACCAAAAACAAAGGGAAAUGCCUGGGAGGUAUUUAUGGACCCUCAGGUUCAGUCUGGUUCUCACACCCUGAGCCCUCCUCCAUCCUGUAGCUAUCUGUGUUCACACUGAUAGCCCAGUGAUAAAGCUCCAGACAGGGAUAAAUACUAAAAAGGAAAAAAAAAACAUUGUUCCUGUUUGUCUGGAAGGGAAAUGCUGGACUUUAUCACCUGACAGAGACUGGAUUUGGAAGGAGGUAAAGCCUAACUAACCUGGAGGAACAGGAAGUACAGGUGAAGAAGAUUAAAAAACAAACUGAUGCUGAUGGAGAACACAAAGAUGUUUUGAAAAGAUUCAGAGAACAGAUGAGAGUUGCUGUAAUUCUGUGAGCAGAUCUUUAAGAUCGUGGAAACCUGCAGUCAUCGUUUAGUGUUUGAGCAGUUUGUCUGAUUAUUAUAUAAAGUCCAAUACUGGUAACAAUGGGCAGGCAUUUCUAAGUGGAAAAUCCUGUUUUUCUUGCUUGUAUUUACUACAAAUAAUUCAUGAUAAACCUCUGAGAAGCUUCUGUGUGACAAACCCGACCUUUUUUAUUUUCCUGACAUUUUGCAUUAUUUUGAAAUUGAUUUCCACUAUAAUAUAGUUGAUGCGUUUUGUGCAUAUGGUGCAAAAAGUCAUCCAUCCUGACGUCUCUGUUGACAGUUUCUGCUGAUGCGUCCAGGAAGGCGUGUCAGAACAAAGAGUGUGGGAAAUCCUUUCCACACUCUUUGCUGACUCUUGUGCUGUAGCUUCUUAACCAGGGGUGGGCAAACUACGGCCUGGGGUCCAUAUGCCACCCGUUGAACUAUUUAUUCUGGCUUGCCAAACUGGAAUAAAUUAUAUUGAUGAUCCUUA